UUUUGUGAAAGGACCGGGUAACACCCUGGUCUGAUGGCUCAUUUGCAGAGCCACCAGAGGUCACUUGUGAAAUAUGGAGGUUAUAAUGUUUAUAAAUGCCAUCUCAAAUGUGUGGCCAGCAGCCAUUAUCACUGUGGCUUUUGCCCAACAAUAAUUGGGAGAAAGGAGAUGUUCUUUAGUCACUUUAAAAACUGCUGCACCGAACAUCCAACUACGUUGGCGGCGGCCCCAGCAACCACAACGACUCCUCCAGUGAUGGCCCAGACGGCCGCUCCAGUGAUGGCCCAGACGGCCGCUCCAGUGAUGGCCGCGACGGCCGCUCCAGUGAUGGCCCCGACGGCCGUUCCAGUGAUGGCCGCGACGGCCGCUCCAGUGAUGGCCCCGACGGCCGCUCCAGUGAUGGCUGCAGCAACAUGGCACAAUAUUUCCACAGCCCCCAAAAUGUUGAUGUCAAAGCGCAAAACCACAACAUGUUGUUUUUAUAGCCGACAACUAAAAAGGAAAAACCUACAAAGGCACCACUCAUCCAAAACAUCGGACAUCACAGCAAAUCGCCACCUAAAAUCACAGUGCAUAUAUAAAAAAAGGGGACUUUUUGCAGUUUCCAGGACCUUUAAGGGUCCUGUGCACUGUAUUAAUGUCCAAAAAUCUAACUUGGGUAUCACCUGUCAGUUGGAAACGUGCAACAGGGCAUGUGACUAUGCUCGGAGAAGUGGGCGAGUCGGAUUUGACUGCGUCCAUGUCCAGUCCUUGACGUACAGCCCUCUGGCCACCAAUUCACCUAUUGUGUAUGAUGAAGGGAUUCUCACAGACGUGGUAGUGGGUUACUACUCCUAA